CCUAUUGAACCCCACGAGGGAAUGAAACGGCAAAAACCUUUGAAAUUAUGUGAACUCCUCUCCACCGUGUCUUAUAAGACGCAGCCAAGCUAAUACAAAAAGAAAAACAAACUCAAAAGACAUACCAACCCAACAAACAAAAAUGGCAGAACCAGAGAUCAACGGCCUCGAGCAACAAACUGUUCCGAAGGUCAUAACUUUCAUGUCUUCUUUGCUGCAAAGAGUAGCUGAGUCUAAUGAUCACAGCCGCCGGUUUCAGUCCCAGAAGAUCUCAGUUUUUCAUGGCCUUACCAGGCCAACUUUAUCCAUUAGAAGCUAUCUAGAGAGGAUCUUUAAGUAUGCAAAUUGCAGCCCAUCCUGUUUCGUGGUUGCCUAUGUUUAUCUUGAUAGGUUUGUGCAGAUGCAGCCGUCUUUGCCUAUCAAUUCUUUCAAUGUGCAUAGGCUGCUUAUAACCAGUGUUUUGGUUUCUGCCAAGUUCAUGGAUGACAUGUAUUACAACAAUGCCUAUUAUGCAAAAGUGGGAGGAAUUAGCACAGUAGAGAUGAAUAUUCUUGAGGUGGAUUUCUUAUUUGGUUUGGGCUUCCAAUUGAAUGUGACACCUGCCACCUUCCACACCUACUGUUCUUUUCUCCAAACAGAAAUCUGGAUGCAAUCCCCUUUGCAGCAUUUGGCAGAACCUUCUGUAAACAUUGGGAGACCCCCAAAGAUCCACUGCUGUUUCAAUGAAGAUGAAUCCACCCACCAGCAGCAACUUGCUGUUUAAGCACUGUCUACAAGGGCAAUGAUUUUGUGUAUUAAAACCCCAAAGAAGAAAAGUUCUGACAUGGUGUAAAAAGCACAUUGAUUUCAGACAUCUGGAAGUCAAAAAUCUCAUCUGGCUUUCUUUCUUUUGUGUGUCAAUGUAUGUGCUAUUGUGCUGUAAGAACACGUCCAAAAUUCAAUUUCCCUUCUUUUUUUUUUUUUUUUGUUGUAGUGCUACCUAAUUUUGUUUUUUCCUUGUACCCAACUCUGGAUAGUGGAAUGAGAUGUUCAGAUGAGCAUUUUCCCUUUACAGUCUGGGCUGACAUGAUCUUGCCAUAAGAUUGUUUCAAGUGGGUCACUCAGUUUACUCCCUGGUUCCAACCAUGCAAAGAACAACUAUAAAUUGUUUACUUUAAAAGGCAUCAUUAUCAGUUGAAGAAACCAGAUUCAUGCUCUGUAGGAACAUAAGAACUCUGGUUGAAAGUUGAGUCUUUCAUGUCCGAAUCCAAUAAUUGAAGGAAUGCAAGACAGCAAGGGCAUGUCAUGGCAUAAUUGCUAAGGUUGCUUCAUCAUUUCAGCAGGACUGCUGUUUUAGUGGGCUGGACGACUGGAUCUUCUACUUUUGAGUUCAGGCCCUUAAGGUGUGGGUCAGGCCGGAUUUCUCUGACAGGAAUUUUUUUGGGCUGAAGUAAAUGGAUUAGCAACCACUUUAUGAUUUUUUU